ACCAUCUCAGGUGUGGGCGCCUACCUGAAGCAGCGGCGCCCCGGUGUGCAGCUGGUGGCGGUGGAGCCCGCCGAGUGCCCGGUGCUGAGCGGCGGGGCGCCCGGGUACCACCAGAUCCAGGGCAUUGGGGCGGGCUUCGUGCCGGGCAACCUGAGGACGGAGCUGCUGGAUGAGGUGGUAAAGGUGAGCAGCUCGGAGGCGGUGGAGAUGGCGAGGCGGCUGGCCACGGAAGAGGGGCUGUGCUGCGGCAUCAGCUCGGGUGCUGCGGUGGCUGCCUCCGUGCGACUUGCCAAGCGCGUGGAGAACCGGGACAAGCUGAUUGUGACGGUGCUGCCCAGCUUCGGGGAGAGAUACCUGUCCACGGUGCUGUACAAGCACCUGUGGAGUGAGGACGCGGCGGAGGAGGACUGCCUGCCCGCCAGCUGGAGGGUGGAGUCGGGGGCCGAGCGACCCGCCACACGGGAACCCAG